AUGACGGCAACCUCGCUUGGAAUCUUGGUCCACAAAGGUCUUCUGCAGUGGGAUACUCCGGUUCAUGACAUCUUGCCAGAGAUGUCAAAAUCGACGGAACUUCACGCAGCGAAGCUGAACAUCAUUGAUAUUCUGUGUCAUCGUACAGGCAGGGCCUGGGCAGACGCUCUCUACCUGCAGUCGAACAACAUGAUUCUCAUGGGCAAGGAUCAGUGCAUACCGACAUUUGAUUAUCUCACUCAGGUUGCUCCGGUUCGUAACAAGUACAUGUACAACAACCACGCCUACAACCUAGCUGGGCUGGUCGUCGAAAGAGUUUCCGGGCAACGAUGGGACGCUUUCCUCCACGAAAACAUAAUUUCACCUCUAGAGAUGUCACGCACAUUCACCAGACAUCCGGAGAAUGACGGCAAUGUUGCUGUACCUUACAACAUCCUCACUGAUCGUUCGCCGUUCCGACUACCGUUUUGCAAUGUGUCGGGCGACACAAUGAUGUUCGCUGGUCAAUCUGUUAGGGCCUCUAUGGGCGACAUGCUUAAGUACAGCAAGGCGUACCUCCGGGCGUUAGACGAUUUGAAGCUCUUGGAGCCCGGUGCCCAUGCUGGCAAGGAGUCAUCCAGCAACAGCGGCUGCCUUUCUACAAUCUUGCCAGCAUUCAAGGCUCGAUUGGGCAUAUCUGCAACGGUCAGCGAUGAAGGCGCCUCAAAGACUACAUAUGCGAAUUCGCCUAUAAAAGAAAUCGCUGCUAUUGUCCGGCCACAAAUUGCCCGAGGGGUAGACUGUCUCCUCGAGCAGACAUACGCUUUAGGUUGGAAUAGAACUCAACUGCCAGGAACCCUCGAUUUCGGCUGGAACCAACGCGUUCUACAGCCUUUUCCGGCUGUUGGAAAAGACUAUCCCGGAAGAAUUGCGAUUUGGCAUGGUGGCAAUAUGCCUGGGGCAACUUCAGCAUUGUGCCUCCUUCCAGAAUCCGGUUCUGCCGUUGUGGUUCUACAAAAUUCCCUUGGACUGUGUGAUGUCGCCGACUGGGUUUGCCAACUGAUCCUCGACAUUGUAUUUACUGGUAAACCAACACAAGAUUACCUCUCGUUGGUGAGACAAUGUGUUGAUGCUGGUGUCGUGCGAAUGAACGAGGUUCAGUCCCGCCUCAACAAGGAGAGAAUCAAAGGAACCGAAGCGCGUUCAUUACGAUCUUAUACUGGUCGAUAUCACAAUUCUAUUGACAACUGGUUUAUAGACGUAAAAGUCGAUGGAAAUACUCUGGUCUUUGAAUUUCUAGGACGUCUAGACGAGCGGUACACCUUGCGGCACUAUCAUUAUGACACCUUUGUGUGGAACCUGUCUUAUGAUGAGACUGUGAAGCGUGGCCAAUAUGUCCGUUCUCACCCGUAUUACCGCUUCAAAUUUGAGGCCGAACCGGAAGGAGAAAAAAUCAACGGGCUAAGAUGGAUACAUGACGAUUCAGUGCCUAAUGGGGAGUUCUUCUACAGGAGUGAGCAAAAGCAUGGGUAA